AUGUCCAUCCCUGGCUACCAGCACAUCGAGGGGCAGGUGGGGAAGAUCGACGCCUCCCGCACGGCCAUCCCUGCGGGGGCACCCCCGGGCAGCCACGUGUCCCCCAGCCCCUGCGCUGCCCCCCACAGCCAAGCCCCUGGGGACACUGCCGGUGACUUUGAUGUCUCCGAGGAGAUGCUUCUCCAGGAGGCCCUAAGACUCUUUGGCUGCUCCGUGGACGCGCUGGGGGCCAGCCAGGACGCUCCCAGCAGCAGCCCCGUGCCUGGCGACGCUGGUGGCACCAGCGGAGAGGGGACAGGGCUGGCCCCAGCCUCCCCAGUGCUGCCGACAUCCCUCCCCAGCUACCAGCACAUCGAGGGGCAGUCGGCGAAGAUCGACGCCUCCGGCACGGCCACCGCUGCGGGGGCACCCCCGGGCUGCCACGUGUCCCCCAGCCCCUGCGCUGCCCCCCACGACCCAGCCCCUGGGGACACUGCCGGUGACUUUGACGUCUCCGAGGAGAUAAUUCUCCAGGAGGCCCUAAGACUCUUUGGCUGCUCCCUGGACGCGGUGGGGGCCAGCCAGGGCGCUCCCAGCAGCAGCCCCGUGCCUGGCGACGCUGGUGGCACCAGCGGAGAGGGGACAGGGGUGGCCCCAGCCUCCCCACUGCUGCCGACAUGCCUCCCCAGCUACCAGCACAUCGAGGGGCAGUCGGCGAAGAUUGACGCCUCCGGCACGGCCACCGCUGCGGGGGCACCCCCGGGCUGCCACGUGUCCCCCAGCCCCUGCGCUGCCCCCCACGACCCAGCCCCUGGGGACACUGCCGGUGACUUUGACGUCUCCGAGGAGAUACUUCUCCAGGAGGCCCUAAGACUCUUUGGCUGCUCCGUGGACGCGCUGGGGGCCAGCCAGAACGCUCCCAGCAGCAGCCCCGUGCCUGGCGACGCUGGUGGCACCAGCGGAGAGGGGACAGGGGUGGCCCCAGCCUCCCCACUGCUGCCGACAUCCCUCCCCAGCUACCAGCACAUCGAGGGGCAGUCGGCGAAGAUCGACGCCUCCGGCACGGCCACCCCUGCGGGGGCACCCCCGGGCAGCCACGUGUCCCCGGGCAGCCACGUGUCCCCCAGCCCCUGCGCUGCCCCCCACAGCCAAGCCCCUGGGGACACUGCCGGUGAGCUUGCAGUGCCUGACGAGGUGCUUCUUGAAGAGGCCCUCAGGCUCCUCGGUUACUCCCUGGACGUGGUGGGGGCCAGCCAGGGCGCUCCCAGCAGCAGCCCCGCGCCUGGGGACACUGGUGGCACCGGCGCAGCCACCCCCGACUGGGACUUGAGCCCCUUGUUGCUGCCUGAGGAGCUGCUCACCCUUGACUCCUGCAUCCCCGAGCUCAGCAACACCACGCUGAGCCCCGAAAUAUUCCACAGCGUGGGGAUGGAGCCCCAGGAGCCGUGGCAGGAUGCGGGGAUGGACCUGCCACCAUCCCCGCCUGCCGUGGCAGACACGCCGAGGAAGAGGCAGGCGCAGAGCUCCUUGCCAAUGCCACCCAGCAAGCACAGGGCUCUCGCAGACAACAUGGGGGUGUGA